AUGGCCAAUACUAAAGUUAACGAGAUAGAUAACCAGAAUGUGGUCGUGGACGAUGUGGUAGUUAAUCCAAAUGCUAAUAAACCUGUCAAUCCAUGGAAACUUAUGAGAUCGUUAGAGAGGUAUCAAAUAAUGACCUUCACCGCAGCGUUCCUUGGAUGGACUUUAGAUGCCUUCGAUUUCUUCACCGUUUCAUUUGCUAUACCUUAUAUUACAGUAACAUUGCUACUACGUCCUAUUGGUGCAUUAAUUUUUGGUAUACUGGCUGAUAAAUAUGGCAGAAAAUAUCCGUUAAUGGCCGAUAUCAUCUUGUAUAGCGUGGUGGAAUUAGCUUCCGGUUUUGCUCCAAAUUUCCAAGUUUUUGUAGCAUUAAGAGCUAUUUUUGGAAUUGCGAUGGGUGGUGAGUGGGGCUUAGGUGCAGCCUUAGCGAUGGAAGCUUUACCACCUGAAUCUCGUGGUUUGUUCUCUGGAAUUUUACAACAAGGCUAUCCAACUGGUUACAUAAUUGCAGCAAUAUUUUACUAUGCUGUAAUUAGGACUCUCGGUUGGCGUGCAAUGUUCUGGAUUGGUUCUUUUCCUGCACUUGUUGUCGUUUUCAUGCGAUUUUUUGUUCCUGAAUCCAAAGCAUGGGAAAAAACUCAUGAAGCUCGUCGUAGGUCAGUCGACCAUAAUAUGCUCAAUGAAGUAAAAAAGAUUGUUAAAGAUUAUUGGCUGAAAAUCAUUCACACAAUCCUAUUAAUGGCUGGUUUUGGUUUCACAAGCCACGGCACACAGGAUCUUUUCCCCACGUUUCUUAAAACACAACUCUCCUUUUCUCCAGAGGAAAUCACGAUAACAACUAUUAUAGCCAACGUUGGUUCUAUUAUAGGCGGCACAACAUGUGGAUAUUUGUCUCAAUAUCUGGGCCGUAAGAAAAUGGUUAUCACAGCGAUGAUAUUAGCUGGUGUUUUUUUACCUUUAAUAGCCAUUCCUAUUAAUAAAUCACUUGUGACUUUUGGUGCAUUCGUUGUUUAUUUCUUUGUUCAGGGUGCCUUUGGUGUUGUACCUGCCCAUUUGAAUGAGUUAUCACCACCAGCUUAUCGUGGAAUAUUUCCAGGAUUAACUUAUCAAUUGGGUACCCUGAUCUCUUCUUCUUCUGCUCAAGUUGAAGCAUUAUUGGGUGAAGCGUUUCCUAAAAAUGGUUUACCAGAUUAUGGACUGACUAUAGCGGUUAUGUCAGCAUGUGCUAUGAUGGUUGUAAUUAUAUUUAUGUCAACUGGAGGAGAAAUGAAACAUGUGGAUUUCAUGGAAGAAGCUAGUUUUGAAGAAGCUAGUUUUGAAGAAGCUAAUGUUGAAGACAUAGAAGUUAAUGAAACUAAAAAUGCUCA